AUGAUCCCCCCCGAGCCGCCGCAGCAGCAGCUGCAGCCGCCGCCGCCGCCAGCCCCGCCGAACCAUGUGGUGACCACCAUCGAGAACCUGCCGGCCGAGGGCAGCAGCGGCGGCGGGAGCCUGUCCGCCUCCUCCCGGGCCAGCUUGCGCCAGAGGAUCCGCAAAGUGCUGAACAGGGAGAUGUUAAUCUCUGUAGCUCUGGGCCAGGUGUUAUCCCUCCUUAUUUGUGGAAUUGGCUUGACAAGCAAAUACCUGUCAGAAGACUUCCAUGCCAACACACCAGUCUUCCAGAGUUUCCUCAAUUACAUUCUUCUGUUCUUGGUCUAUACCACCACACUAGCCGUCAGACAAGGAGAAGAAAACCUCUUGGCAAUCUUACGACGAAGAUGGUGGAAGUAUAUGAUUUUGGGACUCAUAGACCUGGAAGCAAAUUACCUGGUGGUCAAGGCUUACCAGUACACAACUCUGACCAGUAUCCAGCUCCUGGACUGUUUUGUGAUCCCAGUCGUGAUUCUGCUCUCCUGGUUCUUCCUGCUGAUCCGGUACAAGGCUGUGCAUUUCAUCGGCAUCGUAGUCUGCAUCCUGGGAAUGGGCUGCAUGGUGGGAGCAGAUGUGCUUGUGGGAAGGCAUCAGGGAGCAGGGGAAAAUAAGCUAGUAGGGGACCUUCUGGUCUUAGGAGGAGCCACACUGUAUGGCAUCUCUAACGUCUGGGAAGAGUACAUCAUCCGAACCCUGAGCCGAGUGGAAUUCCUGGGAAUGAUUGGACUCUUCGGUGCAUUUUUCAGUGGAAUCCAAUUAGCCAUAAUGGAGCACAAGGAGCUGUUAAAGGUGCCCUGGGAUUGGCAAAUAGGACUGCUCUAUGUUGGCUUCAGCGCCUGCAUGUUUGGUCUCUACAGCUUUAUGCCCAUCGUCAUUAAGAAAACCAGUGCCACUUCCGUCAACCUCUCUCUGCUCACAGCGGAUUUGUACAGCCUGUUCUGCGGAUUGUUUCUCUUCCACUACAAGUUUUCAGGACUUUAUCUCCUGUCUUUCUUCACCAUCCUCAUUGGGCUGGUGCUCUACUCCUCCACCUCCACCUACAUAGCCCAGGACCCCCGAGUGUACAAGCAGUUCCGCAAUCCUUCAGGACCCGUCGUGGACUUAUCGACCACAGGUCAGGUGGAGCCCUCAGUCACCUACACCAGCCUGGGCCAGGAGACAGAAGAGGAGCCCCAUGUUCGCGUGGCCUAG